AUGGCAUAAUUAUCUUAUUUAUUUAUCCGUUCGUUGGACUUUGUUGCUCUUUCCUAGUUUGGCAAUAUCCGGCGUUCUAAACAUUGCUGGCAAGCUUUAAAGUUAUCGAUGUGAAUUCAUAGAUCUUCAUGUAGCUAUGGCCUAAGAUUCGCAGCCUCCAACAAUUAGUAAUCCUUUCUAAUCCCUGUCACAGGUUCCCUUCUUAGUUAUAAAGCAGUAGGAUCUGUAACAGACUUGUAACCUUUUGUGGCAUCUAUACAACAGUCGGAAAUCAAGCACUAUUUAAAGCAUUCAUAGCUUGACGGGGGCUGUAAAAUUAGUACGAGUUUUGUGUUUCUCGCAAUUAGCUGCUCCCCUUCUUGUGAGGUAUAACUAUACAAGUCAAUUAUCCCAAUUUUAAAUAAUUGCUCUCCAGCGUGAAGCAGAUCUUUCACACCUGCAUCCUCCUGCUUUAAUUGUUGGGUCUUCUGAAAUGUCAAUAUAUCUUAAGCCACAGGCUGUAAAAUCACCCUUGACGGCCAUCUCAUCGGCCUUGAAUCAAUCUUUGACUUCUUCAGUUAAAUAGCAUUUCAUCAACAAAUAAAUCGUUUUCUUUCUUUGGGAGCAAGCCGUCAAAAGGUGUUAUUGUAGUGGCACAUUGCCUACAGGUCAAACCGCUGGAAGGCAUGGUGGAAUUAUAAUCCCGGAUAAUAUGACAAAAUGUUUCAAUUUUCUCCUUAGAUCAUCUAAAACUUGAGUUAUGGUGAAUUUGAGCAUCACCCUCGUGUUCUUCGUCUUCUGAUAAACACGUCAAGUAGUAUUUCAGUUGAACUAUAUGGAAAGGUCAUUCAAAGGUAUAUACAAUAAAUAAAUCAAGUGGUGCAAUUGACAAAGCACAAUCAUAAAUCAUGAGCAAUGAAUCUAUCCCUCGUAGCUCUUCUCCUCAGAGAUCAGGUUGAAGAACACGUUGAAUAUAGUUCAGUUCUAUAGAGUAUGGUAUCCGAAACAUAUUUUGAUUUUGACCGAAAAAAUAAUAAAAAUGAUACCCCCUACCCAUUUUGCCCAUUUAUUCCGCAACUUUUAUUCAGAUGGGGCUAGCUCUCUCCUCCACUGAUAACUGAAUUAGUUAUGAAGGAAACUUUGAAACGUGAAAGCAACAAACAUCGUAUUAUUGGUAGUACCCCUUACUGCAUGUGGCCCUCUGUUCACUCAACUUGUUCAUCUCUCACGUUAAUUUAUCAGCAUCAACCUCACUUAUUUGUAGUUUAUAUUCAGUUGAUGGGUAUCAAGUUUGAUAAAUCAACUAAAGUUUAAAUUAGGACAUUAUGAUGACAGCUGCAUCGGGCCAGAUGAGGGCUCCAGGAGGAGCGCCCCACUCAGCACCCUUCCAGACACUGUCUUUACCACAAUACCACACACUGUGCUGCAGUGAUAAAUAAUCUUUGAUACGAAAUUGGACAUUGGAAUCGUUUAGUAGUAAAAUUAUUACCUGACUAUUUCUUUAAUCUUUAUUUUUCAUGUCAGACUAGGUCAAUACUAUUCAUUAUUUAAUAUUGUUCUUAUCAAACAUCUUGUUUCAAGACAAUUGAUAAAAGCCAUGGCAUCCACCGAUCAAAGAUACCUGGACAUCGGAAGUUUAAAGAUUGAUGAAGAGCUUGACACAGCAAAUAAGUUCAAGAAGGAUGAGCUAAUCGACAACAACAAAGCCAGUUUCGACCCCUCAAUUGAGCCCCUGUUAAAAGAUAACCCCAGGAGAUUUGUUAUCUUGCCUAUUGAAUACCCCGAUAUCUGGCAAAUGUACAAGAAAGCUGAAGCCUCGUUCUGGACAGCAGAAGAGGUGGACCUAAGUAAGGACAUGUCGGACUGGGAGACCCUAAAAAAGGACGAGAAACAUUUCCUCUCUCACGUGUUGGCUUUCUUCGCUGCAAGUGACGGCAUCGUCAACGAAAACCUGGUAGAGAACUUCUCAGUGGAGGUCCAAGUAACGGAGGCCAGAUGUUUCUACGGUUUCCAAGUGGCGAUUGAAAACGUUCACUCUGAAAUGUACAGUCUGCUGAUUGACACGUAUAUCAAGGACGCAGCAGAAAAAGAUGAACUCUUUAACGCAAUAGAGACGCUACCGUGUGUAAAGCAGAAGGCUGAGUGGGCCUUCAAGUGGAUGCACUCUGACCGUCCUUUCCCUGAACGAGUUAUUGCAUUUGCUAGUGUUGAGGGAAUUUUCUUCAGUGGCUCUUUUGCUUCCAUCUUCUGGCUCAAAAAGAGAGGACUCAUGCCCGGACUUACAUUCUCCAACGAGUUGAUCUCCCGCGACGAGGGGCUCCACUGUGACUUCGCGUGCCUUAUGUUCAAACACAUCGUCCAGAAAUGCAGCCCUGCUAUAGUCAAGCAGAUCGUCAUGGAAGCUGUCGUGAUCGAACAAGAGUUCCUGACGGAUGCUCUACCAUGUGCCUUAAUUGGAAUGAACAAUGGUUUAAUGAAAACUUACAUAGAAUUCGUAGCUGAUAGGCUGAUGGUAGCUUUGGGACAACCUAAGAUCUACCUGUCAGAAAACCCAUUCCCAUUCAUGGAGAACAUUUCCCUAGAAGGAAAGACGAACUUCUUCGAAAAGAGAGUCUCAGAAUACCAGAAAAGUGGAGUCAUGACCAACAACACCGGAGAUCGACACACUUUCUGUAUUGAUGAAGAUUUCUAGAGUCUAACUGAUUAAUUAGUUUUUAAUUGACCAUUCCCCAUUACCUCCCGAUCUGUCAGAUUUGAUAAAAAUGUAGGUUUAAUUAACCCGUAAAUACCUUGAAUCAGGCGACAGAACAACAAACAAGGAUUUCGCCGUUUUGAGAAUAUUAUGAUGAACUUUUAUAAACUGUAAUUUUUAAUCCCCCCUUGGCCUUGAUCAUCUGGAUUCCAUUAAAUUUGUGGGUUAAUCUCAAUGAGGGUUAUAAGGUAGCGGGCAGCCAAUUAACGGCAUAAUUACCAUUCUGUAGCCCCACUUUAGCUUGCAGGGGCGGCAUUCUUACAAAGACCAUGAUCAUCGGAUCCGCAAUACCGUGUAAAUAAGUUAUAUUUCCCAGAACUGCUUCUUUGACUACUGGUCAUAGAAUUGAUCGUAGUUGUUGAUUGUUUGUGUUUAUUUUUGCUGAUAACUAUUAGAAAGACCCUCUUCUAACUGGUAAAAUGUAAAUGUAUUAUUAUUACAUCACUGUUUCAAGGUGAAUAUGUGAAUGAUUCGUGACCCCUUUUUAUUAUGCGGGAAAAGCUGGAGUCCGCUGUUUUUAGUUCCAACUGCACUGCCUUCAAAAUAUCUUUGGCUGAACUUAUAUUAGAUCUUACUUAUCACAAUUCAAGUUAUCCAUUUGGGCUGAGUGAAUAGCUAGAGUCUAUCACUAAAUAUUCGAAUUUUGAAGGCAGUUCAGAAAACUUAUUUAAAUUUGUUACAUUCUUACAGUUAGGUAUGAUAUUUGAAAUAUUAAAGUAUUAUGUUGUACAUUUCAAACCA